CUCUUCGCUUUUCUUCAAAUCAGGCGUAGGAGAAGCCGAGAGCAGCAAAAAUACGGGUGAUAUAUAGCAGGGAGAGAGAGAGGGAGAGUGAGGGGGAGAGAGAGAAGGGGGGAGAUGUGAAGGCGAAAUCAAGUGAUGUGGGAGAGGUCUAAAGAGAUCGGAUGAAAUGGACACGCCGGAGCGGAGCAAGAUCGGCGGCACGCCGAUCUCGAAAUUUGAGGAUUCUCCAGUUUUCAACUUCAUCAAUAGUUUGUCUCCAAUUCAACCUGUUAAAUCAGUGCACAGCAUACAUACAUUUCAUUCACCUGGUUCUGCUGCUCUUUCUUCGGUUUUUUCUUCCCCCCAUGUCAGCUUGCAUAAGGAAUCUAGAUUCUUAAUAAGGCACCCUUUCCCGGAUUCAGUAAAACAGGAAGUCUCUUCUAAUAGUUUGGAUGAAAACAACUUACAUUCUUUGGUUCCAAAUGAUGCUAUACUUUCCACUUCUAUCGUGCUUGCCCAAGAAAAUUGCAAUAUAACUUGCUCUCUGAAUGAGGCUUCUGUCGAUCUUGUGGAUGAAAGCUCAUCUCAACCUGAUUUUUCUCCGUCCGCACAAGUUGAUAAUGGUAGUCCAAACCAUAAUACUUUACCUUUCUAUGGUGUGAAGUUGGAUUUUAAACAGGAUAUCAGCUGCAGUCCGUCAGAACGGGUUAAGUUUGUUCAAGCUGCUUCAGAAAGCACACAAAAUUCGUAUGCCAAUAACUUUGGCUAUGAGGUGAAAUUUCCAGCUGUUCAAAUGAAGGAAGAUGCUUCUGGAAGUGAUUGGGAGAACUUAAUUUCUGAUAAUACUGAUGAUUUGUUUAUUUUUGAGCCUGCAACUGGUUCAGAACCUAGCAAUUCUGAAGAAAAGGACAAUAAAAUCUCACUGAAUUUACAGCCCAAUGCUUCUUGCCUUCAGAAUGACCCUCAAGUUUCUUUUACGGAUGAUGAUGAUGGAGAGACUCGCCAGGGACAUGGAGUGAGCCACAUGCUCAAUCUAUUCUCUACCACUUGCCAUGAACCUGAAAAUUCUGAUGAUCUGAAUCAGAAAACCGAAGCUGAACUUUGCGAUGGCCUAACUUUAGGCUGUAAGGCUGACUCUAAACAUCAUCGGGGAGUGAGGAGGCGUUGUCUUGUUUUUGAGGCGGCUAGUGCUUCUAAAAAGAGCAUGAAUAGCAAUUCAAAUGUUCGCCCAUCCAUCCUUUUGCCAAUCAAUGCGAUGUCUGAUUCAGACAAUCGGCAGCUAGUGCCUUCAAAAUCUUCUGAAGCUCCUGUUCCUUAUGUUUUACCUGGAAUUGGUUUGCAUUUGAAUGCUCUUGCAACAACUUCAAAGGAUGGAUCGAUUCCACAGAUAAUUAGGACUCCUGGGAGAGAAUUUAUCAGCAGGCGUUGUUCUGUGAAACCUUUUGCUCCUUCAAAUUCUUUAGAAAAACAGCAGUUUAAGCUUUCGAAGCUUCAUCAAUGCCCAGAUCUUAUUGGUAGUGAAGUUCAGGACAGCCAGACUGUGCAUUCUGAUGUUUCAUUGAUACCUGCACUUGGGAUUGAAGAAUCAACUAGCCCUAAAAAGAGAAGGCGUAAGACAGAAAGUAAUGGUGAAAAUGAAGGCUGCAGACGAUGCAACUGUAAGAAGUCUAAAUGCUUAAAGUUAUACUGCGAGUGCUUUGCUGCUGGAGUGUAUUGUGUUGAGCCAUGCUCAUGUCAAGGGUGCUUAAAUAAGCCUGUUCAUGAAGAAACUGUUCUUGCUACCCGUAAGCAGAUUGAAUCACGUAAUCCUCUUGCAUUUGCCCCUAAAGUUAUUAGAACUUCUGAGCAUGAUCAGGAAAUUGGGGAAGAGAGCAACAAGACCCCAGCUUCUGCGAGGCAUAAAAGAGGAUGUAAUUGCAAGAAGUCAAGUUGCCUAAAGAAAUACUGUGAAUGUUAUCAGGGAGGCGUUGGAUGCUCUUUUAGCUGUCGAUGUGAGGGCUGUAAAAAUGCAUUUGGAAGGAAAGAAGGAUUUGAGGAAAUUGAAUAUGAAGAAGAGCUUGAUCCUUGUGAGAAGGAAAGUGUAAAGUCAGAUGAUGGUAAAGCUAAUGCUAAUGUUCCAAAAAUUGAACAUCCUAAUUUAACAGAAAGCAGUUUACCCGCCACUCCUUUUCCAGCUUGCAGGUCUUCUGUUAAAUUUCCAUUUCUCUCUAGUGGAAAACCUCCUCGGUCUUCUACUCUCUCACAAAUGAGCAGAUCUGAAAGUCAGCAAGCAGAAUGCAAGUCUGUACAGCUUUUUCCUGAUGAUGAUACUUCUGAAGAUUUAAGAGUUAACUCUUCACCUUGCGCUGCUGUGAAGACUGUUUCUCCCAAUGGAAAAAGGGUUUCUUUACCCCUCAAUGGAUUUGGGAUGUCUCCUAAUCUUAAGGGUGGCCGGAAAUUGAUCCUGAAAUCCAUCCCUUCAUUCCCAUCUCUCAGCACCGAUGCACCCACUGCUGCUCAAUUCAACUCUUCCGUAUUGAGUUGAGGCUGCUUGAACAUGGGUCGAGUUUCCACCGUAUAAACCCCUUCUAGAGGUUAUGCUUCUAAUUGAAUUCGGAUGGGCUGGUAGAGUUGUAACAGGCGAAGCAUGAAAGAAAAUAAAUAAUUUAUCAUAAUUAGUUAGCUAGCGAGCUAUGUACUUUGUAUUGUGAUGCUCUUUAAUCUUUACUUGCAUCUAUGUGUGCUGCUAUUGUAAUAUUCUUGAGGUGAUAGUCUAAUUUGAUUCCUCAUGUUAUUGCAACCAUGAAUGUGGAUUAAGAAAGGAAAGAUGGGGAUGCUUAAUGGUAUGCGUAUCAUUGGAAGAUAUCUAUUAUAUAGAUUCUCAUUUUGCUCUGUAAUAUUAUUGUCUCGACAGAUUUUUCAAGGAAACCUACUGACAUUUCCAGGUUUUUGUAAAAUAUUAAUUUAAUGUCAGGUUGAAGGCA